AGAGUUGUUAUUCCCAGACACGUUUCACUGCUUCCAAUCUCUCCUCAGCCUCAAUAAACCAACCACCGAAUCGCACGUGGGAACAUGUCAAGGAACAAGCAAUCAGCAAAUGACAGGUUGCAAUUGCCAACCCCGAAUUAUUAAAAGAGGGGAUAACGUAAUGCAGCGACAAACCCUGUACCCACCCGUAAAUUCCCGUUUUAGAUAAAAAAAAAAAAAAAAAAACGCUGCAAGGGAGAUUUUCAUUUUUCAGAUACGUAUCUUUUUUGGUGGUUUGUUUGAUUUCAGAGAGAUAGUGAAGAAGAAGAAAUGUGGGAAUCGAUCUGUUUAACAUUGGCAGCCACGGCGGGUAAUAAUAUAGGCAAAGUUCUACAAAAGAAGGGCACUGUUAUUCUCCCUCCUCUGUCCUUCAAGCUCAAGGUGAUAAGAGCAUAUGCUGUUAAUAAAUCAUGGGUGAUAGGAUUUCUAAUGGAUAUUUGCGGUGCCUUGUUGAUGUUGAGAGCGUUAUCUCUGGCCCCGGUAUCUGUCAUUCAACCAGUUUCUGGCUGUGGGCUUGCCAUUCUUUCUAUCUUUUCGCACUUCUAUCUACAGGAAGUCAUGAAUGUUAUUGACUGGAUGGGAAUUACAUUAGCUGGCAUUGGCACCAUAGGAGUUGGUGCUGGUGGAGAAGAGCAAGAGGCUUCUUCAGUAUCUAUGUUACAGUUACCAUGGUUGGCAUUCUUUGUCAUGAUCUUGUUUGUACUCCUAAAUGGGUGGCUUCGCAUCUGCAAGCGGCAACGGAGAGAACAAGAACUGAUGGAGUAUGAAGUUGUUGAAGAAAUUAUAUAUGGCUUAGAAUCAGGAAUUUUAUUUGGGAUGGCAUCAGUGAUAUCAAAGAUGGGUUUUGUCUUUGCGGAGCAGGGUUUCUCCAGGAUGUUGAUUCCUUUAUGUGUCUCAAUCAGCAUAUGUUGUAGUGGUACUGGAUUUUACUACCAGACUCGUGGCCUAAAGCAUGGCAGAGCAAUUGUGAUUUCCACGUGUGCUGCUGUGGCAUCAAUUGUAACUGGUGUACUUGCUGGUAUGCUUGCAUUGGGUGAACGGUUGCCUUCAGCACCAGUUGCUCGUAUUUCACUUCUGCUUGGAUGGUUAUUCAUCAUGAUGGGUGUGAUUUUGCUUGUAAGUUCAACAAGACUGAUGCGGCACCUUCCAUGGCCAUUGCGGAACUUAAUACCUAGUGGAGUGGACAGGAAUUUCAAUCUUAGGCGGUCAGGGUCAUAUCGAGUUAAGGAUCCAAGUCCAAGUGCUGUUAUCCAGGCAGCAACAUUGCAUCAUCUGAUACCAACACCAGCUAAGGAGAAGGCGUAAAUUAAGAAAACAAAAGAUCACCGCACAUGCAUAUGUGACUAUCAAUCUCUGAUCAAAUUUUGGGUCUGGAAGGGGGUUGCGAUGUACAGUACAUUCAAUUUGAUUACUGGUUUAUUUGGAGGGCCUGAAAUUUUUAAUAUCAGUCCUUCACAGUGCUGCGUUUUACAUCAAAUUGUGAAAUUUGUGAACUAAAACUUUUUUAAAAAUGACCCUAAUAUACAGUAUGCAAAUUAAAUCCA